ACAUAAAAGCUCACAGCUGUCUCUGCAGCAAAUGAAACAUACAUUUGCGCCGCGUCAACUGCAGCUGCUAACUUUUUUUUCUUCUUAAUUUUAAUUUACGUAUAAUUUGAUUUUUAAGUUUAGCGUGGGGUAUGUUGUCCAUCCAAACUUGUAUGGCAUUAUUGACCUAGACAGCCAUGCACGGAAAAGCGUUCGCGAAAGGAUUCGCGAAAACGCAAGCGGCGACGCUGAAAAAAAAGGCGGUUUCAGCCCCGCCAUGUCAGCCCACGCCGUUCGCAACGACACGUAAACAAGACCUGUUGCGGCGGCGAUGAACCACCGCUGCCGCGGGCGCAAGUCUACGCGGCGGACGUUCUUCCGAUUGGCCAAGGAAGACAGCAGACGUCGUGACGUCACGUCCUAUCUCGACUAUCGGGGCGACAUAAGCGAAAGAGAGGAGAGAGAGCGCGCCUUUCGGGAAGAGGGAAAGGGCGGCUUGUGCUCCGAAAGAAAAAUUCCGCCAUCCAGCUUGAGGAAAUCAGUGGCGAAGAACAUCCCCUCAUGGAGCUGACGGACGCCGGCAACUACAAGCCUCCGUCGGCCAGUUCGCUGGCCGACCUCAUUGAGCAGCUUCACCGCGUCUUCCAGUCGGACCACAUCAACGUCGAGUACGUCCACGACCUGAUGCUUUCGUACAAGAGCAACCCCAAGGAGUGGCAGAAAUACGCCAAGUUUGACAGGCACAGGUACACAAGAAAUCUGGUGGAUGAAGGCAACGGGAAGUUCAAUCUGAUGAUCCUCUGCUGGUCCGAGAAUCAGGGCAGUAGCAUUCACGAUCACGCAAAUGCUCACUGCUUUAUGAAGGUGCUUGCUGGACAGCUGAAGGAAGUGCGCUUCGACUGGCCCAAGGAGACUGAAGGGCCAGACUCUCCUCUGAAGAUGGGUGAAGAAAAUCUGUUGCCACUCAAUUCUGUGGCCUAUAUUAAUGACUCCCUAGGGCUGCAUCGUGUGGAGAACCCCAGCCACAGUGAGCAGGCAGUCAGCUUGCACUUGUACUGCCCGCCAUUUGACCAGUGCCUGAUGUUUGACCAGCGCACGGGACACAAGAGCGUCAGCAAGGUCACCUUCUGGAGCAAGUUUGGCGAGCGCACCCCUUUCAUGAUUUCAUCUUCUGAGCCAAUCCAGUAUGAAAACAACUGAAGAGAACAUCAAGUGGCACCAAUUUGAAGGAGGCAUGCUGCUCUCUUUCACAUGGCAACGGGAAAGACUAUGAAUCUUGAUGCAGUUUAGCACAAGUCCACACGGGUACAAGCACACACCAGACCAUCCAAUGAUCCAAUGGCUUUUCAUUUUGAAGUGAACGCAAAGGGUUAAUAAAAUUUAUGACAGCUUCCUUA